UAAAAUGUGUUUACGUUAGGGUGUGAUUAUUGUGGGAUCGUAUUAACAAGUGCAUAAAAUAAUUGUGUGAAGAACAUUCCAACGACACACUUCAAAAAUUGUAGCAUGUCUUGUCAUUUUUGAAGAGGGUGGUGGAGUGUAAACACUUUGUAGAAAUACUUACAUUUGUAUAGCUUACUACAAUUUUCACCACGAAAUAAACAUGAAUCGUAUAUUUGGUAAAAAGCCAAAAGGACUACAAGAACAGGACAUUGAGAAGAAUGCAGAUGUUCUGGCAACUACAUGUGCAAAACAUCCAGAUCAGUCCUUAAACCUUUUCUGCUUAGAAUGUGACAACGUCUACUGUACAGUGUGUAUGAUGACCGGUGUUCAUAAAAAGAUCUACGAAAAUCAUGAAAUAAAAUGUAUUACUGGUGUUGCUGACGAGUUUACAGAUACGACGGAAUUUGCAUCAUAUGACGAAAAGAUGACCAAAUUCAGAAACGAUUUCGACAGAACACUCAAUGAUAUAAAUGAAAAUAUGAAAGAGUCGGACAAGCUAAAACGUGAAGUAGAAAUCAGAAUCAAACAGCAAAAAGAAGCAUUAAUAAAGUUUAUUGAAACUCAAUAUCAAAAUAUGUCUGAAACAAAUAACAACAAGUAUGCUGAAUGUUUGUCUAGAUUAAAAACAACCGCUACAAAAAUUGCCAAGUUAAAGAAAGAAACUGAACAAAUUGAAAAUUAUAUCAAUAAAAAGAGAGACAAAUCUGACAUGACCGCAGUGUUUAUCGCAGUGAAAAAGUCAAAACGCAAGGUAGCACAGAUUGAAGACAGGUUAAGAGUGCUGAACGAGAGUAAUUAUGUAACAAGGUAUGACUUCCAGGAAGGACAGUGCACACAAAAUUUCAUGAAGAAUACAGAAGAUUUCGGAGUUUUUGUUGAAAACCAGGAACGGAAGACUUCUACAAAGCUGCAAAGGCCAUUAUCAAGAUAUAAAUCUUUACCGAGUCUACAGAAGGAAAGCGAAUACGAAAGCCAUUACGAUGUACCAAUAGAAAUAGAAUAUGUGGAACUACAAACCACAGACACUGCCAGAGGUGAAGCGAUACAGGGGGAUAGAUCGGAAUGUAAAGAUUCAUUUAACUCUUCAAGUGCGUUCAACGGAGCAAAGCCUAAGCCUAAACCAAGACUUAAAACAACAGGCCGGAACACAUCAGAUGAUAAGGCAGGAAUACCAAUGCAAAGUAUUUUCCCGAUGCAACUUACCCAACAAAUCUCUGCGAUUAAUGUUAAAAGAAAAUCAGCACCACCAGUACCGGACCCGAAACCUUCAGCACAAGCGGAGACAAAACAGGCAAAUGAAAAAUAUGCUUCUAGUUUUGACAAGCCGAUACAUCAAGAGCAAGGGCCUCCUCUAACGUGUCCGAAACCUUCAGUACAAGCGAAAAAACAGACAAAGGAAAAUUAUGUUUCUAGAUAUGAAGCACCGGUUAAAAAGGGAAAGAUAUUAAGAAUUUCAGGACCUCCUGUAACCUGCCUGAAACCUUCAGCACAAGCGAGAAAACAGGAAAAGGAACAAUGUGCUUCUAGUUUUGAUGCAGCAGUUAAAGAAGAGCAAGGUAUGCCUGUAACCAUGUUAACGCGCCCGAAACCUUCAGUACAAGCGAGAAAACGGGCAAAGGAAAACUAUGCUAAUAGUUUUGACGUACCGGUGAAAGAAGAGAGAGAUAAGUAUAAAGUUUUAUAUCCAUACACAUCAGCCGGAGAACAUGACAUAACUAUCAAAGAAGGAGAUACAGUUACAGUCUUUGAGAUUUUCGAAGAUGGCUGGUGCUGGAUAGAGAUGAAUGAAAAGAGUGGCUAUGUGCCAGUAGAUUACUUGGAAAAAAUGAUGAAAUAAAUCAAUAUUAGAGAGAAGUUGCACUUUUGGAAACGAUACAAAGCUAGCUCUUCAUGGAAAAGAAAAUUUGCACGUAUUACAGACACAAAUAUGCAACAACUGAUCGUAUUUCAAGUAGAUAGUAAAUAAGUUAAACGUAUUAAGUCACACCGUAGUGCUGAUCAAAUACAUCUCAUAUCUCAGCAUUAUAAAAAAUAAAAACGUCUUCUCCCCGCAGGCAAAGAAACGAAUACACGUCAGAUCAGCGCUGUUCGUCCUAAAAUGGCAUAUCCAAAUAGAAAUUACUCUAAUUCUUUGUUUGAAUACUUGUGUAAAUAUAAACUUCAUACAUUGAAGCAGAUCCUUGACUAUUGUUACGUAGUAUGUAUUCCAGUUACUUGUAGGUGUAGAAUUCACA